AUGGCGGCGAAAGGUUCAAUGGCCUCCUUCAUCAUGUGCACGCAUCCCGGAACAGCGACCACAGCUCGUUUGACGCAUGUUCUAUUGCCUAACUAUCUGGCGCAAUAUCGAACGUAUUCGACUUCGGCCACUUCUUCUGGGUCAAGCUCUGCUAUAGCUACGCCUGAUCCACGAUGGCUAUCUAGCAUGAAGGCAAGGUUGGGUUAUUGCAUAACAUUUGGGAUAAACGAAGCGCAGACAUUACGCGCUGGAGCAAUCUUGAAGGAAUUAACAACAGAUUGGCGAGACUUCCUAGCUGGAGGGGAAGGCUUCUUGACACAAAAGGGAAGACGAGGCUUAUGGAGGCAUGAGAUAUUCUGGGGACAUGUCAACAAUGUGAAGUUCAAUCGCUGGGCCGAGUCCGGUCGCGUACAAUGGACGCGGAAUUUCGCCAAAGCAGACGUUGAGCAUUGCAGUCAAUGGAGUGAAUUGGACACGCCAAAAGGUGAAGGGAUGAUACUGCGAAGUAUACGGACCGACUACAAAUUCCCUAUGAUGUUUCCGGAUCGCGUGACAGUGUUACACAAACUACACUCCGAGCCUAAGGCAGGCAUGGAUGCGUUCAUUCUGGAUGUCCUAAUCUUAUCAGAGCGACACCAACGACCUGCAGCACGGUGUGUCGAGGACAUAGUCAUGUACGACUAUCGAGUGGGCAAGAAGUGCUCCCUACCACUAUUCAUGCUUGCGAAGUUCAAAGAGACGUUUCAACUUCAAGAAGCGGCCCGUGCUAAGUACACGGCCAGAGCUCAAGAAAUCACACGAUUGGUGGAGCAGCUCGAAAAUGAAAGCUGGAACCGCCCUGAUGCUGCUGAAGACCUUGGUUCUGCCAGCUCGUAA